AUGGAGCUCGGCGAGCCUGUCUAUCGCCUCUCCAACAGAUACCACAACGCCGCCCGCGAACUCCACUCUGUGAUCCCCAUCAGCAGCAACCACAUCCUCAACGUACAACACCUUUUACACUCUAGCUACUGGUACAAGUCAGAGGCACGCUUUGUUGAAUCCUGGCAUGCCCUCAGCACUGCGAUCCGCGAAGCCCAAGCACUGGGCAUGCACCAGGACCAACUCGCCGGCUCAAUAUCUGAAUUUGACUUUGAAAUGCGUAGGCGUCUAUGGUGCGUCUUGGAUACCUGGGACUGGCAAAUAUCUGCCCUCUUAUCUCGACCAAAGCUCAUUGAUCGCUCCGAGUGCAAGGUAUCGCUCCCUGCUCUCACAUUGGAAAGCUAUUCGCCUUCACCCUUGCUACAUGUGAAGCUCCAGUCCGAGGUUAUUGCCGAGCUGGCAAGCCGCUUUGGCUCCCCACGAGAAGUUACAUCCCCAGCUCAGAUUGACCAGUACACGGGCGUCAUUCUCACGUGGAUGAACAAAUUUCCGCAAGUGUACAAUCUUGACAAUCCCGACACGUCAAUCGACUCCAAACAGACCUGGGUCACCCUCCAUCGCCACUACUUACAUACCAUGGCAUAUUCCAUGUUGUUGGAUCCUUUGCGCGCUUACAUGGCAAGACGAAUGACGGCAAACUCGCACCGCGAUGACUUAAGGAUACGCGACGAUGGUAUCGCGUAUACAUUGAAACUCAUGUCGGCCUUGUCCAGGUUCUUUGAGUUCUUAUAUCCCAAAGAUGCCAGGUUCCAUUGGGCUCUGUUCUCCAUCUUCGACACCGCGGCGGUCCUCUGCUCCGUCAUUCUGCACGACGAAGACUGUUAUAUCUCAAGCCGACAGGAAAUUCUCAUUGCCAUCGAGUCUGCUAGAUCCAUGCUCGAGCGCUUGGCAACCGAAACGCGCACCGCGAAGACGUCAUAUGAGAUAUUGUCAAAGCUAGCGAAACGCAUCGAAAAUCCGUAUCCUCCCCCGAAGAUGCCCAACCACCAUCACAAGCGCGCUAGAGCAGCCGAAGAAUCACUCACACCGCCAUUUUUCCAGCACGGCGAUGCUUCUGUCGGCUCCAGCGACGUGGGAAGCGCUGACGACUUCGACACUUUUUCAGUUUCGCCUGUUGGAAGCGGUGGAGUGGCCCAGAGCAUCUCUAGUACCUCCCCUGCCUAUGGGCCUGGAUUCUUGGACGUGUCGAGAGGGUAUCAGAUGCCGAAUACCGGAUAUGACGCAACAUAUGCCAUGCCACAGGCUGUGCAAGCAGCCGCAGAUACAGUUCUGAUGCCCGCACCGCCAAAUCCAUACAUGCCACCCACUCCGCGCGACUCGUACGCACAGAUACCUUGUGAUAUUUUCUCGGCUGAGCAACUGGGCGAAUUGGCGGCUCUUUGGAACUACCAAAGCUUGGAUCUCAAUUUCGUGCCCAACCAAAAUGGUUGA